UGAUAACCAUCUCAUGUGGCUAAAAAAGUAAACAAAAACAUCCAAAUCACAAUUCUUAAUUAAAAAUCUCUUAAAAUUACCCAAAGUCAUCAAUUCUUUUGCACUUCUUCAGUCAAAAUAGUUCCUCAUGGAGGUCGACACAGCUGUAACUCCCUCUUCAGAGGUUGAAUAUCCCCGAAAACGCCAUUAUCGCCAACGAGCUCAUGCGAAUCCCAUUUCCGAUCAUGUUUUUGAUUAUCCCGUUCGUCCUGCUGAGAUGGAUUGGCGCCCUUAUUACCCCACAAUUGAAGCCAACAAUGGAAAAGUCGAAUUUGCCGACAUUGGUUGUGGUUACGGCGGAUUUCUCGUGACUCUUGGAGAAACUUUCCCGGAUAAAUACGCGAUCGGCAUGGAAAUUCGCGUAAAAGUUUCGGAUUUUGUGGUUGACAGGAUCAAAGCGUUGCGUGCCCUGCAUCCGGGUCAAUAUAACAACGUCGCCUGUAUUCGAACGAAUGUCAUGAAAUAUCUCGUAAAUUAUUUCCACAAAGGACAGUUGAGUAAAAUGUUCUUUUUGUAUCCGGAUCCGCAUUUUAAAAAGUCCAAACACAAAUGGCGCAUCAUCAGUACGUCGCUGCUGAGUGAAUAUGCGCACGUUUUGCGUUCCGGCGGCAAUUUGUACACCGUGACAGACGUCAAAGACCUUCACGAUUGGAUGUGUCGACACAUUGAAGCCCAUCCGCUCUUCCAAAAACUCACCCAAGACGAGAUGGAAGCGGAUAUUUUGUACAGCAAACUGCCCGAUAGCAGCGAGGAAGGACAAAAAGUGACACGGAACAAGGGCGAACGAUGGAUUGCGAUUUACCGACGACUCUGAGAGGAAUAAAAAUUGACCUUUUUGCGGAUAAUACGAGAUUUAUUUCGAUAAUAAUAAUAAAUUUUUAAAAUAAAGUUGGAAAUGACAGAAAUUUACUUAAGUAACGACCACUUGAGUUGCUCGCGCGCCGAUUGCAGAACCUACAAGACAAAUGAAAAACGUUAUUUUUCGAGUAAUUCAUACUUUUUAAUACUA